AUGACUUUGGCUGAGCAGCAGACGACGACUAUUCACCUCAUCACCACGACCAUCAUGGCCGCCUCAUCUCUUUCACUCUUGCGACGCAAGGUAAACCCCUCCAUUCUGGCCCGCUUCCAAGACAAGCAAUUAGCUGCCACCACCUCGGCCGCUUCUUCUUCAUCAUCGCACUCGUCUGCGCCAUCGCCCUUCCACCCAACCAAAUCGGCCACGACGCAACGAUGGGCACCACCUGCCUAUUCGCUGCGUAGACAAGCUCAGCUAGUCAAUGAAGCCUAUGCCGACAACACCCUCUCUUCACUCCCCGAUGGACCCAAGAAGUCAAAGCUCCAGUCCCGACUUGCCUCUGCUUCAUCCUCAUCCUUUCCCGACUCCUUUUUCCAACGACUUCCCAAGUCAGACCGGAAAUGGUCUUCUCAAGAGAUCCGCGAUCAUCAAAAGGCCAUCAUUGCUGACCUCGUCACGGAGAAGGGCCCCUACGUCGGUCGUGCUCAGGGUAUAGCUCCGGGGAGGAUCCUGAGUGGAAUCUUCAAGGGUAGGAAAACGUACAGGCAGAGACCAAAGAGGGAGAGGGACAUUGCUGAGAAUAUGGCCGAUAUGGAGGCGAGAGUCAAGGAAUGGAGGAGUGUCAGUCGUCGUGGUGAUGUAGCGCAACGAUGAUGUGUGAUGACAGGCAUGCUGACAUCAUCUCUCGCUCGUUUGUCAUACAGGAAAAGGUGGCAGCGAGGGCAAAAGCCAGGCCGUCUCAGCC